AUGCCUACAAAAGUGAACCCUAGAGACAUUCCCAUCGCUAUAGGCAGUUCAGCGGGCCUUGAAGGUGCGUUUGACCAGGCGAACAACGCACAGGUCGAAGAGGCUAGAAAUAGAUAUCCGGCUGCUUUCCGUGAUCUCCUCAUCCCGAACGAUCCAGGAGUCGCGAAAGUGGCUAUCUUUAAGCAGGAGAUGAGCGAAGGUGAAGACGAGCCUGUCAUUGGCGGGCCGCUCAUCGAAGGUCCGGUUCACGUUGACAACGGGUUCCGAAUUAAUGUUUCGAACUUUGCAAACAUGCUCGGCAACUGUAUAAUCAUAUACACGCCGUUUUCAGAUGUUAGGUUUGGUGAGCAUUCGUGGAUAAAUCCAGGCUUAACCAUUAUCGCGGCAGAGCGCUCCCAAAGUGUCAACGACAAGAAUGGUAAGCCAUUGACUGUUGGCCGCAAGGUGACAAUCGGUGGCUGCUCUUGGAUUGGAAAUGACGUUGUCAUACUGCCCGGGGUUGAGAUCGGCCAUCACAGCAAGGUUGGUCACGGCAGCGUGGUGACCGAAAGUGUGCCACCGUACCAUUACGUGAAAGGAAACCCAGCUGUGGUGGUAAAGAGGUUUGACAAGAACAUCGCAAGUGGGACAGAAGAUAUCCACUUCAGCGAUCAACUUGCGGAGUGGGGAGUCAAGAGGUGA